AUCUGAUCACAGCUCGAAGCUCUCUCCUUUCACACACCCCAAGUUUGUGUUUUUUUUUCCGACUCCGCCGUUGCUACCUCGUUAAGGAUAUCAUAUCGCACGGUGUAUAUCCCACAUCAACUCGUCGCUCAAACGGUUACCAUACCGACACGAACCACACGAACCACGCCCGCGACCGCGCGCCCGCGUCGCACCGCCGAUUCCCACGCGAUUGCGAAUACCACCCACUAAGCAAACGAGGAUUGAUCAAGAUGUACCACGGCGUUUCUAAAUUCUGCCCAAGGUAGCCGGAACGUUGGAUAGCCGGCUGUGGAACGGAGCGAAAUAAUCAACAAUGGGUCAGGGCUUUUCACUUGCAACCCCCCGCGCGGGGGGUGCCGGCAUCGACGUCCCAGAGCUCGCAGACUUGGUCUACGAGCGGUCCGUCGGCACUGGUGUAUUUAUGAAGAGUGUCCGGGCCAGGCACCAUGAGGGUGUCGUGCUGGCCAAGGUGUUCGUCAAACCAUACCCAAUGUCAUUAGACGAAUACAAGCAAGCCAUCAUCCGCGAGAGACGAGUUUUGAACGACGUGCCGAAUGCGCUCCCCUACCAACGCGCCAUCGAAACCGAGACAAACGGGUACCUCGUUCGGCAGUUCCUCUACAACUCCCUCUACGACCGCCUCAGCACCCGGCCGUUCCUGGAGGACAUCGAAAAGAAGUGGUUGGCGUUUCAGCUCCUGUGCGCCCUCCGCGACUGCCACAGCAAGGGCGUCUACCACGGUGAUAUCAAAACCGAGAACAUCCUCGUGACGUCGUGGAACUGGCUAUACCUCGCCGAUUUCGCGUCGUCCUUCAAGCGCGUCAUGCUUCCCGAGGACAACCCGGGUGACUUCUCUGUGUUCUUUGACACGUCCGGCAGGAGAACAUGCUAUCUAGCGCCCGAGAGAUUCCUACCUCCAGGUGAAGAGGCCGACCCGAACGCCAAGGUGACCUGGGCCAUGGACGUCUUCAGUGUCGGCUGUGUCAUUGCCGAGCUCUUCCUCGAGACACCAAUUUUCAGCCUGAGCCAGCUUUAUUCGUACCGAAAAGGCGAAUACGAUCCCGUAAUAUCACACCUCAGCAAGAUCCCCGACAAGGACCUACGAGAAAUGAUCACACAGAUGAUCCAGCUGGACCCGCAAAAGCGAUACUCGGCCGAGCAGUACCUGGACUUUUGGAAAGGCAAGGUGUUUCCGGAGUACUUUUACAGCUUUCUGCACCAGUACAUGGAGUUGAUCACCGACCUUUCGUCUGCUCAGUAUUCUGCAGGGGGCAUUGCGAGGAAUAUUGGCGAAGCAGACCAGCGAAUCGAGCGGGUGUGGCUCGACUUCGACAAGAUAUCUUAUUUUCUCGGCUACCAUGACGAGGAGAACCGCGCCGAGGAGCGCCAGCUUUCCCCGAGGCUUGGUUUAAAGAACUUCCCCGUGCGUCUAAACAUCCCGAACAACGAGCACUACGUCUCCCCUGAUAAGCAACCGUCGGCCGAUGACGGCACGCUGAUCUUUUUGACUCUGGUCGUGUCAUCCCUUCGAAACACGGCCCACGCCGCCCCGAGGGUCAAAGCCUGUGACAUAUUGCUCGCCUUUGCCGAACGGCUGACCGACGAGGCAAAGCUGGACCGCGUUCUGCCGUACCUAGUCGCGCUGCUCAAGGACAAGAGCGAUGUGGUGGUAGUCUCCGCCGUUCGGGCCAUCACCCAGCUCCUCGACCUCGUCAAGGUCAUCACCCCCGUGAACUCUCAAAUCUUCCUCGACUAUGUCAUGCCCCGCAUGGAACCAUUGUUGCUGGAUACACAGAGGACGUUUUGUCCCAUCGUGAGGGCAACGUACGCCUCUUGCCUCGGAAAGCUGGCCAUCUGUGCGGACCGCUUCCUCGCGAUGGCUGCGACCCUGAGGGCGGAUGGAACCGCGGCUCUCGCGGACCCCGAAGUUGAACCUGGGAACGAGGCGGAGACGCCGUUCGCCGGGCUGUUUGACAACGCCCGCCGGGAGCUCGCUGAGAUAUUCGAGGUCCAUACCAAGACGCUCAUUGAGGACUCAGACCCCUUCGUUCGACGAGCGUUUCUCACUUCGGUCCCUGAUCUGUGCAUCUUUUUCGGCGCUCUUCAGGCUAACGACAUCGUCCUUACACAUCUGAAUACUUACCUAAAUGACCGGGACUGGAUGCUCAAGUGCGCCUUUUUCGACACCAUCGUUGGCAUCUCGGCGUUCCUGGGGAGCAAUAACCUGGAAAAGUUCAUGCUACCUCUCAUGGUUCAGGCUACCACUGAUCCAGAGGAACACGUUGUCCAGGGGGCGCUCCAUUCACUAGCAGAACUGGCAAAUAUUGGUCUUCUAACCAAACACACAUACCUCGACCUGGUGGACAUGAUUGGGCGGUUUACAAUGCACCCCAACCUUUGGAUUCGGGAGUCGGCUGCCGAGUUUGUAUCGGCUGGCACGCGCUUCCUGAGUCCAGCCUAUCUCAGGGUUCAGGUGCUACCGCAGUUGGUGCCUUAUCUCAAGCCACACCGGCUGCCGGCCUUUUCCGAGCUCGACCUGCUUGAGGCACUUCAAAAGCCGUUGUCACGGUCGGUAUUUGACCAAGCCUUGCUGUGGGCAUCGAAGACGGACAGGGGAAACUUUUGGAAGCCCUUUAGAAAACUUCGCGAUGCUGUCUCGAAACCGGUCUCGUCCAGGGCGGAUGCAAGCUCCAAGAUGUUGACUAAGACGGCGCGGAACGAGGAAGACGAGCAGUGGUUGAACAAGCUGCGAAAUCUUGGACUUGCUCCAGAAGACGAGCCCAAACUACUCGCGUUGAGAGAGUUUAUCUGGCGAUUAAGCCAGAUCAAAGCGAGGGAUUCGGCCGCGCAGGACACAGGGGCUACGAAUGCGCUCAACAACAUUAUUUCGACUCGUGAAUUGGGCAUCAUGCCCCAGACUGUGUUAUUCGUCGAAGAAUCACCCGUUCCGCCCGUGGUGACUCCAGAGCAAGACCCAAAUGCGCCACGGACUAUCAAGGAUGCUCUUCUCGACGCAUCCAUGUCGAUCGACGACCCUGUCGGUAAGAAGCGGCGAGCGGCGUUAAACAGCCACCGGGCCCGCCUCGGGAGCCGGGAUAAUCUAUCGCCCAUGUCUACAGAUAGUAGACGGCCACUAGAGGAUGAUUCGGCUGCCUCUUCGACAAUCGGAGCGGGAGAAGUCGCGAAAGCCACGAUUCGGAAGACAUCCAAUACUCACGGCAACGCGGCUACCCUGUCGCCGAUAGAUGACGAUGUAUCCGUUCAGGAUGCUCCGUAUGCGACGAGAAGGGGCCUGCGGCAUCAAUCGAGCGCCAUGAACCUCAUGAACAGAAAGGACAGCGGCAAGUCUGGGCCAGAAACUGGUACCACCGAGACAAACGCCUUUGGCGAGGUGGAAGGUCCCUUUAGACAACCCCCCGCGCGCAAGUCCUCAGAGCCCGAGACAGACUCUGCCUUAAUCUACGCCAACACGCGGCUACGCGCCAACCACACAUACAGGGGCAAUGAUCCCAACAUCCUCAAGAUGCUUGACGAGAUGUAUGUCGAUAAUUAUCCGCACGAUGUUUACGACUACGGGCCCAUGGUGACACCCAUCAGUCGCCUGAAGUCCACCAAGUCGACGGGAUCUCAACAAGCAAGGGAGGAUGCAUGGAAACCAUCCGGCAAGCUCGUGGCCACGUUCUCGGAGCACAUCGGGGCGAUCAACCGGAUUGUUGUCUCCCCAGACCACCAAUUCUUCCUCACGGGUGGCGACGAUGGAUGCGUCAAGGUUUGGGACACGGCCCGGCUCGAGCGCAACAUCACCCACAGGUCGAGGCUCACACACAAACACGCCCCGGGGGCUAGAGUGCUCUCGCUCUGCUUCAUCGAGAACACACACAGCUUCGUCAGCUGCGCAAGCGACGGCAGCGUCCACGUGGUCAAGGUCGACACCAUCCUCAGCGGGGCCAGCUUCCGCUACCCGCGGCUCCGGCUGCUGCGCGAGUACCAGCUCGUCGAGGGCGAGUUCGCCGUGUGGUGCGAGCACUUCAAGCAGGACGGCAACUCGGUGCUGAUCCUGGCGACCAACAAGUCGGUCGUGCGCGGCAUCGACCUGCGCACCAUGACGCUCCUCUACAGGCUCGAGAACCCGGUGCACCACGGCACGCCCACCUGCUUCUGCGUCGACCGCCGCCGCAACUGGCUCUGCCUCGGCACCUCGCACGGCGUGCUCGACCUGUGGGACCUCCGCUUCAAGAUGCGCCUCAAGGGCUGGGGCGUGCCCGGCAAGGGCUCCAUCUACCGCCUGUCCAUCCACCCGACCAAGGGCCGCGGGCGGUGGGUGUGCGUCGCGGGCGGCACCGGCCAGGGGGAAGUCACCGUCUGGGACCUCGAGCGCACGCUGUGCCGCGAGAUCUACCGGGUGGGGGGAAACAAGGAAGGGCCCAAGGGCUACGAGGCGUGGGAGGUGGACGAGGACCGGCCCGAGGGCAUGCUGGGCCGGUUCGCGACGGACCUGGAGCCGGCGGCGACGGGCAACGCCGACCGCGGCGUGCGCGCCAUGGCCGUCGGCACGGGCGUCGUCGACGACGCCGACCGCGAGGUCCGCCACGCCUUCAUCGUCACCGCCGGCGCCGACAAGAAGCUCCGCUUCUGGGACCUGCUGCGCGUCGAGAACAGCGCCGUGUUUAGUGGUCUGCGCCCGGACGAGGGCAAGCCGACUUUUACGGCCAGCCAUCCCACCCCGUCCAUGACGCUGAAUACCGAGCGCUGGCUGCGCCCCGUCGGUGCCUCGGCCUCGGGGUCCGGUGGUGGUGGUGCGGCUGUGCCUGGGGCUCCUGGGAGGAGCGGCCGGAGGAGUCGGGCGCCCAAGUCGACGGUCAUGUCGCUGGAGGAGCAGGAGUUGCUGAAGAGUCACCUGGAUGCCGUGGUUGAUGUUGCGGUGCUGGAGUCGCCUUAUGUGAUGACUGUUUCGGUGGAUAGGAGUGGGGUUGUAUUUGUCUUUCAGUGAGGGGUGAAUUUUGGGAUUCUGGUCUGGGGGGCUUGGUAGGGGUGGAUAUUGUAUGGUAGGUAGGAGAUGGUGGUUAUGGGAGUUGAGUUAAGGG